AGUCCAGUACCACAUCGCGAGUGUGAGACUCCACCGAUUUUAUCGAUCCAUUUACAACUUAAACCGUAUCGACAUAUGUACUCCUAUAUAUGACCUAGUGAUUACCGAUAUACCGACAUAUGAAAUAAGUGAACAUGAAGUGCCAAAUUGUGAUUUUUGUGUUAACGAUAACAUGGAAUUAUUUUGCUUCAAGUAGUUGCGUUACACCACUAGGUGUACCCAGCCAAUGCAUUUCUCUAUACGACUGUCCUCAACUACUAGCUGCAUUUGAACUACGGCCACUGCCAAGUAGUGUAGUCAGAUUCUUGAAGCAGUCUCAAUGUGGCUUCGAGGGGUAUACGCCGAGAGUCUGUUGUGGACCACUCGGAGCGAGGGACGAAACAUCCACUACUACGCAAAGACAACGAUUAACCACUGAGUCAAAUUCUAAUACGGUCGAUCCAGUAUACGAUGAAGACUCUACACCAGAACCAAGAAAUACUUGCGGUGUUGAUAACAAUGGUGACAGAAUAUAUGGAGGUCAAAUUACAGACUUAGAUGAAUUCCCAUGGAUGGCAUUGUUGGGUUACAGAACUAGUAGAGGAAAAAUUUCAUAUCAAUGUGGUGGAGUUCUGAUCAAUCGUCGUUACGUGUUGACUGCCGCACAUUGCAUCACGGGUGCUAUUGAACGAGAAUUAGGUCAUUUGGUGACUGUACGUUUAGGUGAAUACGACAUCCAAACAGAUGUGGACUGCAGCGAUGGAGAAUGCGCAGAUCCUCCGCAAGAAAUCUCAGUGGAAGCCGCAUAUCCUCAUCAUGGGUAUAAAGAUGGGAACAAGAACAGACGAGAUGACAUCGGACUUGUACGACUUUCUAGAAGAGCAAAGUAUACUUAUUACGUUCAACCAGUAUGUUUAGCAGACGGUAAUUCACGUCUAGGUGAUGGGUACGACGUGUACGUGGCCGGCUGGGGGAAAACCUUAGAAGGUAGCAACAGCCCGAUCAAACUCAAGUUAAACUUACCCAUAUUUAGCAAAAGCGAGUGUGUUGACAAAUACAGAACACUCGGUGCUGAGCUGGUUGAGAAGCAGAUCUGUGCUGGUGGUGCCAAUAAGCAGGACGCUUGUCGAGGUGACUCUGGUGGACCACUGAUGAGGAAGAUGCGUGGGGGUAAAUGGGAGUCUGUUGGUGUGGUAUCGUUCGGUUAUGGCUGUGGUAGAGAAGGCUGGCCAGGAGUAUAUACCUCUGUUGCUGCAUACAAUGAUUGGAUACGAUCAACUAUUAGUUCUACCAACGUAUAGUCAUAACGAUAAUAAAAGAAAACGAUACGUAGUUAAUGUAGAGGAAGAAGGAAAAAAAUCAGUAGUGAACCUCAAGAAAUCAAGAAUUUAUAUUAAAAGUAGUGUAUAUAAAUUAUUGUAAAUAAAUUUGUUAAAAAAUUAUGUUAAUUUAGAUUAUUAUAAAUUAUACAAUAUUCUUUAGAUAAUUAAUUAUUAUCUCUAUUAUUUAAGAACAAUAAGAUUAUACGUCAUUUUGCCGUACUAGAUUUAUUACUCAAUAAUUACAUAUUUUUGUUUGCUAUUUUAAUUACAAUUAGUCAAUGUAGCUCGGGAAAUAUUAGAAUAUAGAUUAUUGAUGAAUAUAAUAACUCCUUUAUUACUAGUCUGUUAUGUGUUACUAGAAUAAAAUAUCAACAAAAUAAGGUAGAUGUUAAGUAAUGUAAGUUAAAAUAUCUAAUUACUAAAAAUACAAUAAAUCCAGUAAAAGCAUCUUGAUUUAUAAAACAAUACUGAAAUAGAUACAAUAUUUUUAUACAUUAAUAUUUUACGGUUAUAUUUGUAAGAUUAAUAUAUUACAAUAAAUAUACUUGUCAA